AUGGCCAACACUGAUAACAUUCGGAUAAGUGUUAUUCAACCAGAAUAUCGUCAACGUGUAUUGGAUUUCCUGCGAACACAUUAUUUUCGUGAAGAACCUUUAACUAUUGGCAGAGAACCCAGGCACCAAGAGCCAGACGAAGAGGAAUUUAUUCUGUCCAUCAUAAAUCAUGGAACAUGUCUCAUGGCAAUACAUACGGAGACGGAAUCCAUUGUUGGUGUCGCGUCAUCGUGUCCCAAGGGACCCGAUGAGGCUGAAAACCUAUUUGAAGAAGUUGCCACUGAGGGACCAACGAAAUAUGGUAUUAUUUUAAAACUUUUGGCUGAAGUUGAACGUGAUGCCAAUGUCUUUCAUCGUUAUGACGUUCAGAAGGCAUUACACGUUCAUGUGUUGGGAGUAGAUGCUAAAAUGCGGGGGAAAAAUAUUGGAGGACGUUUAAUGUUCGAAUUGACAGUGCUUGGCAAACAGUUGGGAUAUGAAGUGAUAACAGCUGACUGUACGAGUUAUUAUUCCGCCAGACUGUGUGAACGCCUGGGUUGGGAGUGUAUAAAUACUGUCUAUUACGCCGAUUAUGUUGAUGACGACAAUAAGAAGCCGUAUUUUGUUCCCGAGCCUCCUCAUAAUUGUUGUCGGACCUUUGCUAAACGACUAUAA